AUGGCGCUCCUGGCUCCCCUCGUGCUGGGGGCCUGGCUGGCGGCGGGGGCCGGGGGUUGCCUGCAGUGUGACCGGCAGAUCCGCAGCACCCUGGAAUCGCUCCGCACUGGCCUGGUGCCCCGGCAGAUCCGCGACAGCCGCCUGCGGGCGCGGGCCCAGGUCCUGCUGCGCGGCAUGGAGGGCGAGUUCUUCCGCCACUAUGCCACCAGCCAGUUUGCGGGCACAGCCGCUCUGAGCAGCAUCAACGCCCUGAUCCACCGCGUGAGGCUGACGGCAGCUGGCCUGGAACGAAGCGCCCUAACAGACCAGGCCCUGCUGGACGCACUGGUAGCUUACAGGCGCAGAACAACCAUGGAGCUGAAAUCGGCUCUGAAGGACCAUCAGGCAAAAGCUUGUAACCCCAAAACCUGUGGCUGGCUCUACUAUGACGUCUUCGACUGCACCAGCUGCAGGAAGGCCAAAGCCGUGUGUCUGAAGCAGCACCACUGCCUUGAGUCGGCUGCAUCCCCCGAGACCCCUCCAGAGCCGCCUGCAUUUCCGGAGACCCCCAGAACGGCCGCAUCCCCUACGAGCGAGCAGUCGCUGUCCGUGCCCAUCUGA